UCCCGCAUAAAGUACGUAGAGGCAUAAUCAACACGGCUCAGAUUACGUGUUUGUAGAUUGUAGUGUGUGCGGAGAGCGAGACGGCAAAUUUAGACUUUAAUACAAUGAUCUCUGGACCCGAUAGUCAUUGAUAGUGGUGGCCGGGAAAUCAAACUGAUAAUAUAGAUUCUUCUCUUGGCAUUCUGAAUCUUCUCUCUGGAAAUUAUUUAUGGACUUUACCUUGAAUUCAGCGGUGAAAUAGUGAUAUCAUCAGUUCAGGAUCUGCUCAAGGAAUCGUCCGACGAGGACCUACUAUGGUGUACACGACUCUGCUAAUCGCCGGAGUAGCCUAUAUCUUCCUCGCAUUGCAAGCGGUCGACGCUCAAAUCCAUAAUGUCUCGGCUGGUUCGGGAACAAUCCAAUCUCCAAACUUUCCACGCUGGUACCCUAAUCUAGAGCUGAUCGAAUGGAGGAUACAGAGUCCACCAAACACACACAUCCGGCUCCGCUUCCUACUUUUCAAAUUGGAAGAAAGUGACGACUGUGUUGCAGAUGCAUUGUUUGUUUACGACGGAAUUGGUGACAGCGGGUCACCGUUCUUAGGCCGUUUUUGUGGAAGUGGGCUUCCACCGAUGUUGGAGUCCAGUUCCUCGUUGAUGACUGUACGAUUUGUGUCAGAUUUUCAAGAACAAUAUGACGGAUUCGUUCUCACGUAUGAGGUCGUGGACGAUAUACUCGGAUCACGGAUAGUAUGGACGGAAGUACAUCCGGACACCGAGAUGGUCCGGUUAUCCAGUCUCGGUGCUGAUCCGCUCAACAUGAUUACACCCGAAGGAACUCUCCAAUCGACAAUCACCACCGAGUUCCACUAUCGAGUGUCCCGGGGGUCCUGGGGUGCAGUGGCCAUCAACUAUGGCCAACAGCACAUCUUCUGGAGCGACCGAGGGCUGAAAAGAAUCAUUGCUGGGACAAUUGGAGAAAAUUCUCGGGCUCGGGCGUUUUUCGAAGGCACCUCCGAUUCCGUCAAUGGAAUCGCCGUCGACUGGCUGACGGGUAACGUAUACUGGACCGAUGCUGUAUAUGACUGGAUCCUGUUACAUAGUUCGGAUGGAUCUCGGUACGAUAUCGUGGUCGAUGAGGGACUAGAUCAACCAGGAGGCAUAGCGGUCCAUCCUAUCAGAAGGUUGGGAUAA